AUGGUUGGUGGUGGUGGUGACGGCGGCGGGGUGUGCAACAUUUUUACCUUCACCUUGUCUUUGGUGUCGAUCAUCUUCUUCUCUUCCAUUUCCUUAUCUUAUGGAUACGACCCAUUAGAUCCUUAUGGCAAUGUAACCAUCACUUGGGAUUUUCUGGCGGAGAGCAGCACAGAUACGUAUGACAUAAAAGUAUCGAUAUACAACCUGCAACAGUACAGGCAUGUAGAAUUGCCAGGAUGGAAACUGCAAUGGAGGUGGAACAAAUCGGAAGUGAUCUGGGACAUGCGUGGUGCCGAGGCAAAUGAGCAAGGAGAUUGCUCGGCGUUCAAGGCUUCCGGUGGCGGAGAUCUUCCUCAUUGCUGCUUGAGGCAGCCCGUCAUUAUUGAUCUGCUUCCUGGAACUCCAUACAACAUGCAAUACAAGAACUGCUGCAAGGGAGGUGUUUUGUCAUCCAUGAACCAGGACCCUUCCAAGUAUCUCUCCUCCUUUGGGAUGAGCAUUGGAAACUUUCCUUCUAACCACCCAUGGUCGAAAAGUCCCUUCGAUAAGCUUAACCUUACAAUGCCUACAGAUUUCAAUCUUGGAAUUCCUGGUUACACCUGUGGAGACGCGUUUCUAGUGCCCCCAACGAGGUACACUGAUGAGAGAGGACAAGGACGCCGCUGGAAACAAACCCUUGAGACAUGGAACAUCACCUGCACCUACUCUCAGUUCCAGGCUUCUCCCGCACCCAAGUGUUGUGUGUCCUUGUCUGCCUUCUACAACACCACCAUCGUCGGCUGCCCACGUUGCAGUUGUGGAUGCCGAGGACUAGGAGGAGCCAAAUGUAUCGAGUCUGGUGACAAACCUCCUCCUUCUGUGUUGGAGCUUCCAUCAGAGCAGCACGCAUCAGCACCACCUCCUUUGUUAACAUGUUCGCCGCAUAUGUGCCCCAUCAGAGUCCAUUGGCAUGUCAAGCAGAGUUAUAAGGAGUAUUGGAGGGUGAAGAUUACAAUCACUAAUCUGAAUUUAGUGAAAAACUAUUCUGAUUGGAACUUGGUUGUUCAGCACCCAAACUUAAGAAGCGUAAGGCAGCUUUUCAGCUUCAAUUACCAUCCCCUCACUACCUAUGGAAACAUCAAUGAUACGGGCAUGUUUUGGGGCAUCAAAUUUUAUAACGAUAUGAUACUAACCUCGGGAGACCAAGGGAACGCACAAACAGAAAUGUUGCUGCACAAGGAUGAAGGAAUUUUUACAUUCAGAGAAGGAUGGACUUUCCCAAGAAGAAUUUCCUUCAAUGGGGAUGAUUGCGUUAUGCCUUCUCCAGACGACUAUCCGACACUUCCGAAUAGAGCUAAUGCUAUUGCAGCGGCGUCCCUGCUAUUAGUCUCCUUCCUUCUUCUAGCAGUCGCAGCACCGGCUCUUUUCUGA